AUGUCUCGCGUUGAAAACUAUGGUGUCACCUCACCUUCAACAAUUCCCUCGGAAUCAAUUGAGAACCAGACAUUACCAAGUAUCCCAGUUUAUGAAGAUAAAGUAACCGAAGUGCCAAUGACACGAAAUCGAAAUAUAAAGAACGAUGCUAUAGAACCCAACCAGGAACAAAUACCAUUUCUUUCUAGAAACCGUCCUCAAAGUUUCAGUCAGGAACUGAACCCUUGUUAUACUCAAAGAAAGGCUUUCUCUGCGCCAAAAAUGUUUCAUCAAGGUUAUAUUCAAAGUUCAAGAAGUGUCAGCUACAAUGUUCUUAAUCAAUCUAGUUCACCUUAUAUUAAAAGAAGCAAACCUCUUACAAUAAACAAAAUCAGACUUUCAAGACAUCAUUGCGGAUCAUACGACAAAUUGGAAUCGCCCAACGAAAGGAAGGAAAGUAAUGAUUUUAUAGCAAAAGAAUGCAUUCAUUUACCUAAGUUGCAAGCCAGUGAGGAAGAGUUUUUUCAACUUGUGUCUGAGGAUGACGUCAGUGCGGUUCAACAAUAUCUAGAAGAUCAUCUGGCAUUAAAUAUAAACUGCGUUAAUUUCCAGGGUAUAUCGGCAAUUCACAUAGCUGUUCAGAACAGAUCAGAGGCAAUGGUAGAAUUUCUUUUAAAGUAUCCGAAUCUGGAAAUUGGUGACAGUGUGUUGCAUGCCGUACGAGAUAACAGUAUUAAAAUUUUGGUGAUGUUAUUAGAUGCCCAGCAGAAGAUCUCACCUGGAUUAGAAUUCGCGGGGGCCACACAUUCGGCUGAUUUCCCUUCACAUGUGACACCACUUAUUCUUGCUGCUCAUAUGGGACACUAUGAGAUCGUGAUGCUUUUAAUCGGUCGUGGGCAUACCAUUGCCCGACCUCAUAUACCUAACUGUCCUUGUACUAUUUGUAGAAAUUCCUUGUUAAACGACGAUGCCUUGUAUAUAAGUAGUUCCCGCUUGUCGGUGUACCGAGCCAUUGCCUCCCCUGCGUAUCUGAUUCACGUUUCAUCGGACCCUAUCUUGAGUGCGUUCCGGUUAAAUGAAGAACUGGCAGCCAACGCCGCAACUUAUAGACAAUUAGCUGCAGCGUACUUGCAAUUAGCAGACGACGUCAGCGCAUUUGCUGUUGACCUCUUAGGUUGCUGCCGUACUUCAGAAGAAGUGGAAUUUAUUUUAAAACAGACAGCGGGCUGUGAAGGACGCCGCCACUUCGUGCUGCCAAGACUCCUCAUGGCUGUGGAUUGCAAACAAAAAGAAUUUGUUGCUCAUCCCAACACUCAGCAGGUACUCGAGUCGUACUGGCUCGGCGACUGGCACAAUUGGAGAAGCAAGUCGAUACUGACAAAAGCCUGCAUUGUACUAAAGCGAGUGUUCAUUGUGCCAAUUAUUCUCUUUGUAUGCAUGAUAGCGCCUCGUCAUCGCCUCGUAACACACUGGCAAAUACCGUUGAACAAAUUGAUUACUCAUGUAGCGGCAUACUUCGUAUUCCUCGCUCUGGUCUUCUUUAUUUCCAAUCAAGAUAAAUCAGGACAAAAAAGAGGACCACCAAACACAGGUGCCGAAGGCCCUCUUAUAUUGUACGUUUGUGGCUACACGUGGUCUGCUAUCCGCAUGUGUUUGAUGCAAGGCCCAUAUCGAUACUUCACAAAAAUGUGGAAUUGGGCCGAGAUUAUAAUGCUGUCAUUGUUCGGACUCACAUUUAUAUUUUGGGCUUCCUCUGCUGUUGACAUAGCAGUAAAUACAGAAGAACCCUUGUAUACUGAACGCAAAUAUUGGAACCAGUACGAUCCAACCUUGGUGGCUGAGGGCACGUUCUGCUUGGCGACUAUAUUCGCUUUCUUCCGACUUAUGUUCCUAUGCCAAUUAAACUACCAUUUAGGGCCAUUGCAAGUAUCCUUAGGAAAAAUGACUAUCGAUAUUUACAAAUACAUAAUAGUAUUUGCAAUUAUUAUAAGCGCCUUUGCUGCGGGACUCGCUCGUUUUUACCAAUACUAUGAAGGCAUGGUGUACGAAGACGAAUUCGGAAUGAAAACAGUCCAGGUGUCUUCAUUUACAAGUUUAUCAGACACUUUAAACACUCUAUUCUGGUCUCUUUUCUGUAUGGCGCCUUUGGAAAGUGCUGAUGUAGUAUUAGAGAACACCAGAGUUCCGAAAAAUUCAGAAAAAUAUCACGAAAAUAGACAUGCUUAUACGGAACGGAUUGGAUAUUUCUGUUUUGGAUGCUUUGAAGUCAUAUCGGUAAUUAUUGUGUUAAACAUGCUCAUAGCGACAAUGUCAAACACUUUUCAAAGGGUCACUGAUAACGUAGAUAUCGAAUGGACUUUCGGAAAAACUGAAGUUUACAUUGACUACAUGCUGCAAACGACUCUGCCCUCACCUUUCAACUUGAUUCCAACUGCUUCUGGAAUGGGUAGCGUCAUAGAAUGGAUAUGGAUUAAAAUUAGAUCACCAUACGGUGUUCACGCGAAGUGGUCCCUUCCUUACUGCUGCUACAUUGAACGCGAUCUGGAGCCUAACGUCCAAAGAGAGUUCCCGGCAUUGAUGUCAGUCCUCAUACAACGAUACUUCAGAGACAAGGAGUCAUCAAGGAUGUACGUCAGUACGGUUGAGGAUGAACUGGAAACUAUACGAAGAAACAUUGAGACCAUAAAGCUGUCAGUGGAAAGACAAUCUAACAUACGGAAAAACGCUGAGUUUAUAGAGUAA